AUGCAAUUUUCUUUAUCCGAUAAAGAUUGCCAAUCAGAGCUACCUUAAGGCUUAAAAAAUGCUAACUUCAGAAAGAGAAAACCCAUUGAUUCAGAUACUAAAACCAACUUGAUACUUAGUGUAGUCAAAGAUCAUUUGCCAAUAUAUUAGGUGUUAAAGUAUCUCUAUAUAUUUAGGCAGCAAUUAUCCAUAAAGUUAAAUAUUCAUCAGCAAAACACAUUUUAAGAAAUUACUACAGUGAUACUGCUAACUACUUUUCCCUUCAAAAAAAGAGAAGAAGAAAGAUACAAUGUUGUGGUGUCUCCGCUUUAAUAGAAAUUAACAGUGGAAAUAUAGCUUUAAAUUCUCAAGGGUUUUCUACGAUCCCCUUUAUUAAAAAUGGUGUAAAUGCCCAAAUCAAAUAAAAAGUAAUUGAUCAUUUGGGUGUUUCAAUAUAUAAACAAAUAGGUAACUUGAAUUUCAAGAGGUUAAAUAAGAAAGUUAGAAUAGACCCAAUUAAACAGUUGAAUAAUAUAGAAAAAAUUGAAAACAAAGUUAAAUUUCUAAUUCAGACACUUGAAAAAUAACAUCAAGAAAUGAUAUAAUGA